UAUUGGGGAAAAAAAUCUUGCUUUCUUUUAUUCUCCCAGGCACGAAUGUCGAGGAACUCUCACCAACUUCACGUGCCUCCCUUUUCUGCGCCACUGCAGACCGUUUUCGUCGCUUGUCUCUGGAGCUUCGCCUGCUCCCCUUUACACCAUUGUGGUGUUGGUUUCGACUGUUUGGUUUCAGGUAUUUACCCUCUUCGGAUUCUCAUCAAGACUCUGUUUGUUAAGCUCUCCUUGAGCUGUUUUCUCGUGUCGGUUUCUCAACGCCUCUGCUUCAAGUGCUCCUGUUCCUCUGCUCCUUUCAACAUGUCUCACAGAUUCUCGAGAACUGAAAAAGGAAAAUGGGAGGCUGGUUCCUUGAGAGUCACCCGUAGCAACUUACCUUGGAAAAGAUUGAGGCUGGUAAAAGAAAGCAAGACACCGGCAAACAAGAAGCCAGAAGAGAUCGUCGGGAUGAUGGCAGGCAUAGGCGCAUGGAAUUCAAUAGGGGAAAUGAAGAUAGACACCGUAGGGUAUCCCCUCCUAGACGCUACUCCUCUCACAGAGAUGGUUUCCGUCUUCCGGAUACAAGAGACUCUAGAAGGACUUACGAUUCUUCUUCUAGAGAACAGAGACUCCUAUUCUAGGAGAAGUCAAGGGAACUUUUCAAUAGUGGCUGCGAGAGGAGAGUCACAACGUUCCCACAAUGCCUCUGAGGUCAACACUCCUCCUCCACUUCCUCCUAGGGAGAAUUUGGUAGCUAAUCCAGCGCCCCAAGAAGGUACUAGAGAGAUCACUCCACAAGGCUCGGGCCGAGUUGGAUCUGGUUCAAGGGAGAGAAGACCAGCCCUGGAAAGACUUUCCCUGCCAAGUCAGGAGCCCUAUUACCACCAAAAUGUGGAGGAGACUAAUGAGCCAAGCCAAUUGCUUCAAGAUGUGGAAAUUCGUUAUCUAGAAGAAGAGAUGGACGGUUUCCCAGCGACUAACAGUGCGGGAAGAAGGAGAGGAUCAGAUAUUGCAGGACCAAGUGCAGGACCAAGUGUAGUUUUCCAAGCUCAAGAAGACUCUUUCCCCUCCCAGCUGGAAAGAGUUCAUACCUCUUUAAGGUUGGGACCUGUUCCUCCCACGCUGACUAAGAAGCAAACUAAGCCAAAGACCCAAGCUAAAAAAGGAGGCAGCAAAGCCAAACCUAAACCAGCUCCUAAGAGAAGACUACCAAGAGCAACUAUCAUCACCAGAGGCACCAAAAGUCCCUUACAAGGCACUAGCAUUAGAAAGUUAAUUGCUACUCGCUCUACUAAUCCUCCAAGAAAAAGACUUUGUGGUGACAAUGGGAUUUUGACAACCUCUGCAAGUAUCCUGCCAGGAUCUAGCUCCAACCCAGCAGAUACUACUAUUCCGGAGGAAGAACAAGCUUUUAACCCAGUUCCUACAUCUUGUAAGGCGGCGGUGGAUUUUCAGUCCCCGCCAAAUCCUCUUCCUUAGUUGUUGAUUUUCUUGAUGAUGCGAGAUAAUGAUGAAUCGGGAGAGUCCGGUUUUGAUGGAACUAGGAGACUCUCGGGUUGUUGCAUGGCUUCGAUAUCUUUGUCAUCAGGGAAUAAAUGAAAAAUCUUAAU